CCACCGCCACAGGAGGCGCACUUCCGGUUAGGCGGCAGAGUUUGUUUACGAGGUUGCUCUCAGAUCUAGCGGCUGCGUUCUCCAACUCAUCCUCCAAGAUGGGGAAAUCCUUCGCCAAUUUCAUGUGCAAGAAGGACUUUCAUCCCGCCUCCAAAUCCAAUAUCAAAAAAGUAUGGAUGGCAGAACAAAAAAUAUCAUAUGAUAAGAAGAAACAAGAAGAAUUAAUGCAACAAUAUCUUAAAGAACAAGAAUCAUAUGAUAAUAGAUUGCUUAUGGGAGAUGAACGGGUAAAGAAUGGCCUUAAUUUCAUGUAUGAGGCCCCACCAGGAGCUAAAAAGGAAAAUAAAGAGAAAGAAGAAACAGAAGGAGAGACCGAAUACAAAUUUGAAUGGCAGAAAGGAGCCCCACGAGAAAAAUAUGCCAAAGAUGACAUGAACAUCCGAGAUCAGCCCUUUGGUAUUCAGGUUCGAAAUGUGAGGUGCAUUAAAUGUCACAAAUGGGGUCAUGUCAACACAGAUCGAGAAUGUCCUUUGUUUGGUCUUUCUGGAAUCAAUGCAAGCUCAGUUCCCACUGAUGGCUCAGGGCCAUCGAUGCACCCCUCGGAGCUAAUAGCGGAGAUGAGAAACAGUGGGUUUGCACUGAAACGAAAUGUACUGGGGAGAAACUUGACCGCAAAUGAUCCAUCACAGGAAUAUGUUGCAAGUGAGGGUGAAGAAGACCCAGAAGUCGAAUUUUUAAAGUCACUAACAACCAAACAAAAACAGAAACUUCUCAGGAAAUUGGAUCGACUUGAGAAGGAAAAAAAGAAAAAGAAAAAAGGUAGAAAAAAGAAAAAGCUUCAGAAGAGCAGAAGUAAACACAAAAAACAUAAAAAUAAAUCUUCCUCCUCUUCCUCCUCCUCCUCCUCCUCUUCCUCCUCUAGUGAGACUUCAGAAAGCAGCAGUGAGAGUGACAACAAAGAAAAAAAAAUACAAAAGAAGAAAAGAAAGAAAAACAAAUGUUCAAGGAAUAAGAACAGUGAUAUAGAAGAAAAGGACAAGUCUAAGAAGAGAAAACUUUAUGAAGAACUUUCUAGCAAUCACUGUAACAAGGAAAAAGCCAAGGAAGAGCCUGGAUUUUUAAAACAAGAGAGUUCUAGAGGGACUAGCAAAUGGAGUCAUUGUGAUUUUGACAGCAAGUCCAGAAGCCAUAACCACAGCCCAGAGAAGAGAGGAUCUGAAAGAAAUGAGAGGAGCAGCAGGAGCCGGAGCAGAGAGGAGAGGAGCAGGAGGAGCCGGAGCAGAGAGGACAGGAGCAGGAGAAGCCGGAGCAGAGAGGACAGGAGCAGGAGAAGCCGGAGCAGAGGGGACAGGAGCAGGAGAAGCCGGAGCAGAAGUCACAGUAGUUAUAAGCAAAGGGAAAUAAGAAAACUGCCACAGCGAAGUCCCAGUGAAGAACGGAAUAAAAGAAGUGACACCAGAAGCCAUGGCACAGAUAUAUACAGAGGAAGAAAACUACACAGAGAGAACUCAGGAGAUAGGAAUACUAGAGUGACGCAGAGAAUGGAGGAGGAGAGAGAAUAGAGACUGCAUGUGACAAUUAGCUGGGAAUAAAAAUAUCCUCACUUGCUUAUCAAAUCCUUUUAGCAAGGGCUAAUAUGUACUAUUGUCUUUCUAAUAAAAAAGCUGUAUUUUAAUUUUCCAUCUCUCUAAACUGUCAUAUCAAAUACAAAACUACAUGAAUCUCAUAAGAAUGAACUUUGCAAAUAUUUGUAAGAAAUCUAUGUUGGAGCUGUAAAAAUAUUUUCUGUUGAUAAGUGUUUCUUGCGCCCUCUAUACCAGAUGAAAAAACUCAUGUAACUCCGUGACAUUUUCUUUGUUCUGAAACAUCAUUAAAAAAAUACAGUACAAUUGAA